CGAAUUUAAAGUUUGGAGGCCAAGACAAAAACAAUACAAAUAGUUUUUGUUUUAUUACAUAUAUUUUUAUUUUAACAAUUUCGUCAAUAGAGGAAACUAUUGCCACAGAAGAGAGGAAGGAAGAGCGAGAAGCAGCUAGAUCUCGAAACGAUCUUUUUUGGCACAGCCUACAGAUACGGAUACAGCAGCAGGUACAGAUACAUCUACAGAUACAGAGCUCUGUUAGCUAACAGCGAGCAACACUGCUAUUACGUAGAGGUAGGCGCCGAUCGAUUGGCAUUAGUCGAUCCGAUCUUCCCAUCGGCGCUAUAGCUUUUCAGCUUCGCUCGGACUCGGACUCGGACUCAGAGGCGGCUACCGAAUCGUGUUCGAAAUCGGUUCAGUUAGUGGCGGAAAAUGUUAAUAGUUUUGGGAUUGGCGGAGGAGGAGUAGGUGUGGCGCCUGGAGAAUCCGGAAAACCGAGCAUCUCAGAACAGUGAUCAAUCGCGUAUCAACCUUGAACUUGCUCCGCACAUAUUAGCUUUUUUUUUUUUUUUUUUUUUUGAUUCUUCAAUUAGAUGCAGACCAACGCCGCCGAGUGAGUGCAAUUCGCUGCCGACCGAGUGUGUAAAAAUAAAUGAAAACAAAAACAAAAUAAAAUAAAAACAAAUCAACUAAAAAUAAAAAUAAAAACUAUAAGCUGCUAGCGCAGGAAGUGCUCGGUGUGUCGCCAAUUUGUGCACUUGCCAAAGGAGAUACUAUAGGGAGUCCGAGUAGGGGACAGAGACAGACGCUAUGGAGAAGAAGGUGUACCAGGAUACCACCAGGCCGCUGCCCAGGACUAGAUACUACAACAAGCAGGACAAGAGUGAUCUGGGGGAUGACUUUGUGGCGCCCGAUGGCGGUUGGGCCUGGGUGGUGUGCGUGGCCGCUGGCGUUUCGAAUCUAUCCAUUUAUCCCUGCCUGCAGCAGUUCGGCUUCCUGUUCAAGGAUCGGCUGGGCAGCCUUGGUAUGUCCAGCUCUCAAAUCACGGCCAUUAUCAAUACAAAUCCAGCCAUAUCGGCCUGCACGGGUCUGUUGAAUGGACCCAUGUUCAGAAGAUUUACCUUUCGGCAGGUGGCCAUGGCCGGAGCACUGCUCAUCUCCGGCGGGAUCAUGCUGACCGCCUUUUGUGAGACUUUUUUGGGCUACAUGGUGGCCUAUGCCCUGCUGUUUGGCUUUGGCAUGGGCAUCAGCGUGUCGGCCUCCUCGCUGGCCAUCAACACUUACUUCCAGCAGAAGCGUCGCCGUGCUGCGGGCUUCUCCUGGACCAUCACGGGUCUGGGGCCCAUCUUCCUGCCCCACCUGGUCACCUUCAUGCUGACCAUUUACGGUGUCCAGGGCACCACUCUGCUCUUUGCUGCCAUCUCACUGCAUGCCUUUGUCUGCGCUCUUAUCUACCAGCCCGUGCGUUAUCAUGUGAAGCCACAUCCUCCUCAAAGGGAGGACUCGGUUGAUCCGGAGUUGCCGGAGGCUGGGGUGGCGGCACCACUGUGCGCCCACUGCCAGGCCUGGCAGCAGAAACGCGAACCGGGCGGCAUCUUCUCCAGCCAGUAUCUCUGCCAGGAGGAUGAUGUCCAGCGGCCCGGCUACGAGAUCUGUGAGCCCGGCACUCCCAUGCUCUCGCGGGCCAACGACGGAUGGUUUGGCUCCAAGCUAUCCCUGACCUCGGGUCGGUUGCGCUUUCGCACCAUCUCGAGCUCCAAGGAUUUGGAGCAGACCCAGCGCCUGCACUGUCCUAUUAGCGAGGAGGAGGCAUCGGAGGAGUUCCUGCGACCCAAUAACUUCCGGCGCGAACGGGUGGAGUCCACCAUUUGCUGUCGCUGUCAGGAGAACAACAAUGGCUUAGAGAAGUCCCAGGAGGCAGAGGCUGCAGCAGAAGGGACUGUGGAUCAAGAUCCCUCUCGCAUGUCCUUUCUGGCCAAAGUGGUGACCUUCUUCGAUCUGGAUCUGCUGCGUGACUUUACCUUUGUGAACCUCGUCACCGGCCUGACGUUCAUCAAUUUUGGGGAGCUGAACUUUUCCAUUUUGGUGCCCUUUAUCCUGGCCGACUUUGGCUUUGAUACGGCCCAGACCACGCUGGCCAUGUCCCUGUGCGCCGGCUUUGAUUUGCUCAUGCGCUUCCUGGUCCCCUUUCUCACUGAAAAGAUUCCGUGGGAUAAUCGGGUGUUCUUUCUGAUUGGAGUGGUGGGCAUUGCCCUGGGUCGCACAGUGGUGGCCUGCACGCGCUCCUAUCACCUCAUCCUGGGCAGCUUUGUGUGGAUUGGUCUGUGCAAGGGCAUACGCACUAUAUUCUGGCCCCUGAUCAUUCCGGGAUAUGUGCCGCUAAACCGCCUGCCCGCUGCCUCUGGCCUGCAGCUGCUCAUCUCCGGUCUGUUCACCCUGAUUGGGGGUCCCUUUGUGGGCCUGGUGCGCGAUCGCUUUGACUACUCGGUGGCCUUGCACUGCCUCAAUACCAUGUCCUUUGUGGCGGCUGGCUCCUGGGCUCUGGAGGCCCUCAUCCGACGGCAUCGGCGCAAGCAGCGACUGGUGGACAGAUGAUCAUCCGAAGGCGUUAGCUUAAGCAUUCAACUCAAAGACAUCAUUGUAGUUAAGAAACAAAGAAUUUUUUAUUUUUUUGUCUUAGUUAUAAGGAAGCUUUUUUUU